CCUGGUUGGACGUAUAGCGGUGCGGUAUUUCCCAGAAUGCAACAAGUUUGUCUCAAGAAGCAAGUGAAGAAAUUAUGGACAAUACAUACAAGACACGUCAAAAUGAAAGGGCACAAUAAACUGAUGAUGAGGGCACUGUAUCUGCUCCUGCCAUUUCCUCUUCUCCUCGCCAUUCCUGUUUCUGCUUCCCACAAUGCAACGGCAGAGCCCCACAUUGGGAGCGCAACCGUGACUGUGCAGGGUGUCACAGCUGGUGGGGUGACAGACCAGCUGAAUGCUCCGAUCACGGAAACAGAGGACUAUUCAGCCGCACAAGCACUAGCCUUGCUGGACAGGGAAACGACCAAUGCAAUAGAGCACAGAGAUGAAGGUUUUGAAAGAGAUUUCAACAGCCAUAACACAACAUCAGGAAACUCUUACAUUACGGCGAAUGUAAUAAGUGGGCAGGCAACCCGGGAAGACGGCGCCUGGUACACAACUCCACCAAAUCUCAGGACUGAAGAAUCACAAAACGAUAUGACUGGGAAGACUGUAUCACACAACACAUACAAAAUGGAGUGGCCAACCAAAAGCACCUCGACCACUGAUCCUUUUCCCAGCAACACAGAGUUACACAACAACAGUGCUGUCAGAGACGGUGAUUUAAAUAAUACAGCCAUAUGGGCCGAUGGUGCGAAUACCUCAACGAUGCCUCCGCACACUGAGACAGAUUUCAACAGCACCGUUACACGCACGUACAGAGACUCAUACCCAGCUGUGCACGAGGAGCAUGUAACAGACUCAUAUCCAACUGUGGACAAGGAGAAUGUAACAGACUCAUAUCCAACAGUGCAUGAAGAGAAUGUAACAGACUCAUAUCCAACAGUGCAUGAAGAGAAUGUAACAGACUCAUAUCCAACUGUGGAUGUGGAGAAUGUAACAGACUCAUAUGCAACUGUGCAGGAGGGGAAUGUAACAGACUCAUAUCCAACUGUGGACAAGGAGAAUGUAACAGACUCAUAUCCAACAGUGCAUGAAGAGAAUGUAACAGACGCAUAUCCAACUGUGGACAAGGAGAAUGCAACAGACUCAUAUGCAACAGUGCAUGAAGAGAAUGUAACAGACUCAUAUCCAACUGUGCAUGAAGAGAAUGUAACAGACUCAUAUCCAACUGUGCAUGAAGAGAAUGUAACAGACUCAUAUCCAAUUGUGGACAAGGAGAAUGUAACAGACUCAUAUCCAACUGUGCAGGAGGGGAAUGUAACAGACUCAUACCCAGCUGUGCAGGAGGGGAAUGUAACAGACUCACAUCCAACUGUGCAGGAGGGGAAUGUAACAGACUCAUAUCCAGCUGUGCAGGAGGGGAAUGUAACAGACUCAUACCCAGCUGUGCAGGAGGAGAAUGUAACAGACUCAUAUCCAACUGUGCAGGAGGGGAAUGUAACAGACUCAUACCCAACUGUCCAGGAGGGGAAUGUAACAGAUUCAUAUCCAACUGUGCAGGAGGGGAAUGUAACAGACUCAUACCCAGCUGUCCAGGAGGGGAAUGUAGCAGACUCAUACCCAAAUGUGCAGGAGGGGAAUGUAACAGACUUGUGUACAAACAAGAACAAGACAACCCAAGACAAACCAUCGUUCCCCUCUGCACACCGCAAACUGAUCUGCUUCAUCACUCUGUGGGUUCUGGGAGUGACCGCAACAGUCUUCCUAUGGGUCACCGUGUUCCUGGGGGUUCGACUCUCAAUCCAGAGGAAGAGGAAGAGGGGCGGCGUGGACGAAGAGGAGACGAGGGGAGCGGAGCAACGGGGGACGAGCCUCUGGCUUCGGCCCACGGGGACGGCGGAGGAAAGGGCGGAGUUUUGGUACGCCAACGGGUCCUGCGCCGCUCCGGGAGGCACGGGGCCAAACGAGCGGAGAGAGAGGAGGACCGGAGAGGGGGACGAAACGAGAAGGAAGGAGAGAGAGACCGAGGACCUCUGGGUCCAGCCCAAAGUGACGCUGGCAGAAAUAACUGAGUUUUGGUACGCGCACGGGAAAGCCAAACAGGACGAGGACAGUGAGCAACUAUGAGAGAGAGACAGGACGAGCCGCAAUAGUUCUGUUUGGAUUUAGGAACUACCGUCAGUUUUUUAUAUAUGAAAAGUUGUGUAAAAGUUGUGUAAGUCGCUCUGGAUAAGAUUGUCUGCUAAAUGCCUGUAAUGUAAAUGUAAAUGUUAUAUAGAUAAUCUUUGUACAGAACUAGUCUCCAACUAUUUGAUUUCCUUUUUUUAAUUAACAAAAGAAAUGCUGACCAAAAACCAUGAGGUUAUAUGAGUGGUUUACAAACAAAAGAUAAAAAAAAUAUUUAAAAAUAUA